UGCACCCUGCGGCUCCCGCGCGCCGAUUCCCCGCGUCCCUGCGCUCGCCAACCGGGGUGGAGAACCGCCAAGGGAAACCAGGGCCGGGAGGCCGGCGCCGGGAGAACGGAUCUAGGCGGGCUCUUCUGCAGGGGCCCAUGCGCGCCGGCGGCAGCUUCUGACGCGGGACCCUGAGGCUUGAAGGGGACUGAGCUGAGAGCUGAGCGACCCGGAGCAUGGCCAGUGAACGGUGCGCGGCGUCCGGCCCUGCCCUGCGAGGGUGGCUGCUGCUGGGGGCCGUGACAGUGGGGUUCCUCGCUCAGAGCGUCUCGGCGGGUGUGAAGAAGUUUGAUGUGCCCUGUGGAGGGAGAGACUGCAGCGGGGGAUGUCAAUGCUAUCCAGAGAAAGGAGGACGGGGUCAACCUGGGCCAGUGGGACCACAGGGGUUCAGUGGGCCUCCCGGGUUACAAGGAUUCCCAGGACUGCAGGGCCGUAAAGGAGACAAAGGCGAACGGGGAGCUCCUGGGCCAACAGGACCAAAAGGAGACGUGGGAGCAAGAGGCGUCUCCGGAUUCCCCGGUGCUGAUGGAAUUCCCGGACACCCAGGGCAAGGCGGGCCCCGAGGAAGGCCUGGUUAUGAUGGCUGCAACGGGACCAGGGGAGAUGCAGGCCCACAGGGACCCUCUGGCUCUGGGGGCUUCCCUGGCCUCCCCGGGCCCCAAGGACCCAAGGGGCAGAAAGGCGAACCUUAUGCACUGUCUAGAGAAGAACGAGACAAAUACAGGGGUGAACCUGGAGAGCCUGGACUGGUCGGCUUCCAGGGGCCUCCUGGCCGUCCAGGGCCAAUAGGACAGAUGGGUCCUGUUGGAGCCCCAGGAAGACCGGGACCACCCGGGCCCCCCGGACCCAAAGGACACCCAGGCAACCGAGGACUUGGUUUUUAUGGAGAAAAGGGUGAAAAGGGUGACGUAGGACAGCCAGGACCCAACGGGGUUCCAUCUGACACCACACUCAUCGGACCCACAACGACUACAUACCAUCCUGAUCUGUACAAGGGUGAAAAAGGGAGUGAGGGAGAUCCAGGGAUACUAGGCAUCUCCUUGAAGGGUGAGGAAGGCAUCAUGGGCUUUCCAGGACCACGGGGUCUUCCUGGCAUGGAUGGAGAGAAAGGAGCCUUAGGACAGAAAGGAAGCAGAGGUCUGGAUGGUUUCCAAGGCCCCAGCGGGCCCCGAGGACCCAAGGGAGAACGAGGGGAACGAGGCCCCCCAGGACCCCCUGCCUACUUGCCUCAUCCUUCCCUGGCAAAAGGUGCCAGAGGUGACCCAGGAUUCCAAGGAGCUCAAGGGGAACCAGGAAGCCGGGGCCUACCAGGAGACCCGGGCCCCAUAGGGCUCCCAGGCCUGUCCAUUGGAGAUGGAGAUGAGAAGAGAGGCCUGCCAGGGGAGAUGGGACCCAAAGGCUUCAAAGGAGAACAGGGCCUCCCUGCACGCUAUCCUGGCCCGCCUGGAGCUGAUGGAAAACCAGGACUCCAAGGUGUUCCUGGGCCCGCUGGCCUUCCUGGACCAGAUGGUUUCCUGUUUGGCCUUAAAGGAUCAGAAGGAAGAGUGGGCUACCCUGGGCCUUCUGGUUUCCCAGGGGCUCGAGGGCAGAAAGGAUGGAAAGGUGAAGCUGGAGACUGCAAAUGUGAUCAGUUCAUCAGGGGUCUUCCGGGACUGCAAGGAGCCAAGGGCUUUCCUGGUGUCAUUGGGGAGCUGGGGAAGAAAGGGGACCAAGGAGAACCCGGCCAGCAUGGUAUCCCUGGGUUCCCAGGAUUCAAGGGAGCUCCUGGCCUCAUUGGAAUUCCUGGACCCAAGGGAAUAAAGGGAGACUCUCGGACGAUCACCACCAAAGGUGAGAGAGGACAGCCAGGUGUCCCUGGAGUACAUGGGAUGAAAGGUGAUGACGGCAUCCCAGGGCGUGAUGGGCUUGAUGGAUUCCCUGGCCUUCCUGGUCCUCCGGGCGAUGGCAUCAAAGGCCUUCCAGGUGAUGCAGGUUACCCUGGCAUACCCGGAACCAAGGGUUUUCCAGGAGAAGUGGGUCCCCCAGGACUGGGCUUACCAGGCCCGAAAGGAGAGCGUGGUUUCCCUGGAGAUGCUGGAUUGCCAGGACCGCCAGGCCGUCCCGGUCUUCCAGGUCCCCCGGGUACCCCAGGACAAAUAGAUUGUGACACUGGUGUGAAAAGGCCCAUUGGAGAUGGCCAGCAAGAAGCUAUCCAACCAGGUUGCAUUGGAGGCCCUCCAGGAUUACCCGGACAGCCAGGCCCCCCAGGCCCCACAGGUUUCAAAGGCCUCAGGGGAACACCAGGAUUCCCAGGAGCUGAUGGAGCACCAGGCCUCAAGGGCUUCCCUGGAGACCCAGGUCGCGAAGGCUUCCCAGGACCCCCAGGGUUCAUGGGACCCCGAGGAUCCAAGGGCGCCACGGGUCUCCCUGGUCCUAAUGGACUUCCAGGCCCUGUCGGACUUCCAGGGCCAGCUGGGCCCCCUGGAGACAGGGGGAUUCCAGGAGAAGUCCUAGGGGCUCAGCCUGGGUCCCGGGGAGAUGCUGGACUGCCAGGACACCCAGGUCUGAAAGGCCUCCCAGGAGAGAGGGGACCACCUGGAUUCAGAGGAAGCCAAGGGAUGCCUGGGAUGCCUGGGUUAAAGGGUCAGCUGGGCUUCCCAGGACCUUCGGGCCAGCCAGGACUGCCCGGACCUCCAGGACAGUACGGAUUCCCAGGAGCUCCUGGCCGAGAGGGGCCCCUAGGACUGCCAGGCUCCCCAGGCCUUGGAGGUCUGCCUGGGGACAGGGGAGAACCUGGUGACACUGGUGUUCCUGGCCCUGUGGGCAUGAAAGGUCUGUCUGGAGACAAAGGUGAUGCUGGUGUGUCAGGCGAGCGCGGUCAUCCUGGAAGCCCCGGAUUUAAAGGGAUGGCAGGGAUGCCUGGCAUCCCUGGGCAAAAAGGGGAACGAGGCUCACCUGGAAUGGAUGGCUUCCAGGGCAUGUUGGGACUCAAGGGAAGACCUGGGCUCCCAGGAACUAAAGGAGAGGCUGGAUUCUUCGGAAUACCUGGUCUAAAGGGCCUGGCUGGCGAGCCAGGUGUUAAAGGCAGCCGAGGAGACCCCGGUCCCCCAGGACCGCCUCCUGUCAUCCUGCCAGGGAUGAAGGACAUUAAAGGGGAAAAAGGAGAUGAAGGGCCAAUGGGCCUGAAAGGUUACUUGGGUUUGAAAGGUAUUCAAGGAAUGCCUGGGGUCCCCGGGCUGGCUGGAAUCCCAGGGCUGCCUGGGAGACCUGGCUACAUCAAAGGAGUGAAGGGAGACAUUGGGGUCCCUGGUGUACCAGGCUUGCCAGGAUUCCCUGGGGUAUCUGGUCCUCCUGGAAUUAUUGGUUUUCCAGGAUUCACAGGAAGUCGGGGUGAAAAGGGUACUCCUGGGAGAGCAGGACUUUAUGGCGAGACUGGCCCUACUGGGGACUUUGGUGAUAUUGGGGACACUAUAGACUUACCAGGAAGCCCAGGCCUGAAGGGGGAACGGGGCAUCACUGGAACACCAGGUCUCAAGGGAUUCUUUGGAGAGAAAGGAGCUGAGGGUGAAGUUGGCUUUCCUGGGAUAACAGGCAUGGCUGGAGGCCAGGGCUCUCCUGGACUUAAAGGACAGACAGGCUUCCCAGGCCUCACAGGACUGCAGGGGCCACAGGGAGAGCCAGGACGGAUUGGAGUGCCUGGUGACAAGGGAGAUUAUGGCUGGCCAGGAGCACCAGGCUUACCAGGUUUUCCAGGAAUUCGAGGCAUCAGCGGAUUACAUGGCCUGCCAGGCACCAAAGGUUUCCCCGGAUCCCCAGGUGCUGACCUCCCUGGAGACCCAGGGUUCCCAGGCCCCACUGGAGACAGGGGUGACCGAGGAGAGGCCAACAUACUUCCAGGUCCUGUGGGAGUCCCAGGACAGAAAGGGGAGCAGGGAGCUCCAGGGGAACGUGGUCCAGCUGGAAGCCCAGGACUGCAGGGCUUCCCAGGUGUCUCCCCACCUUCCAACAUCUCUGGGUCACCUGGUGAUGUAGGGUCACCAGGGAUAUUUGGCUUGGAAGGCUACCGAGGCCCACCAGGACCACCUGGACCAGCUGCACUUCCUGGAAGCAAAGGAGAUGAGGGGAACCCGGGAGCUUCAGGAACCCCUGGAAUCAAAGGAUGGGUUGGAGACCCAGGGCCUCAGGGCCGGCCUGGCGUGUUUGGUCUCCCAGGAGUAAAAGGGCCCAAGGGUGAGCAAGGAUUCAUGGGCAACACAGGGCCUUCUGGAGCUGUGGGUGACCGAGGCCCCAAGGGACCCAAAGGAGACCAGGGAUUUCCAGGUGCUCCUGGCUCCAUGGGCUCUCCAGGCAUCCCAGGAAUCCCCCAGAGGAUUGCCAUCCAGCCAGGGCCCAUGGGCCCCCAGGGCAGGAGAGGCCUUCCAGGCACACUGGGAGAGAUGGGACCUCAGGGCCCUCCCGGAGAUCCAGGUUUCCGUGGGGCUCCAGGCAAGGCUGGGCCCCAGGGCAGAGGCGGUGUGUCUGCUGUUCCAGGGUUCCGGGGAGACCAAGGGCCCAUGGGACUCCAGGGCCCUGUUGGUCAGGAAGGGGAGCCAGGCCGUCCAGGGAGCCCAGGCCUACCAGGGAUGCCGGGCCGUAGCGUCAGCAUCGGCUACCUCCUGGUGAAGCACAGCCAGACGGACCAGGAGCCCAUGUGCCCCGUGGGCAUGAACAAGCUCUGGAGCGGGUACAGCCUGCUGUACUUCGAGGGCCAGGAGAAAGCCCACAACCAGGACCUAGGGCUGGCGGGCUCCUGCCUGGCACGCUUCAGCACCAUGCCUUUCCUGUACUGCAACCCGGGAGACGUCUGCUACUAUGCCAGCCGCAAUGACAAGUCCUACUGGCUCUCCACCACUGCCCCACUACCCAUGAUGCCUGUGGCAGAGGAAGAAAUCAAGCCCUACAUCAGCCGCUGUUCUGUGUGUGAGGCCCCAGCCGUGGCCAUUGCCGUCCACAGCCAAGAUGUCUCUAUACCCCACUGCCCAGCCGGGUGGCGGAGCUUGUGGAUUGGAUACUCCUUCCUCAUGCACACAGCAGCCGGGGACGAAGGUGGUGGCCAAUCGCUGGUGUCACCAGGCAGCUGUCUGGAGGACUUCCGUGCCACGCCAUUCAUUGAGUGUAACGGAGGCCGAGGGACCUGCCACUACUUCGCCAACAAGUACAGUUUCUGGCUGACCACAAUCCCUGAACAGAGCUUCCAGGGCUCACCAUCGGCGGACACGCUCAAGGCUGGCCUCAUCCGCACACACAUCAGCCGCUGCCAAGUGUGCAUGAAGAACCUGUGAGCUGCCCUGCCGCCAGCGGCCACAAGGGGAGACCACUUUGGUGCUUUUGUUUGUGUUUUUCGUUUGGGGCAAGUUUUUUGUUUAGGGGGGGAUAUUUUUGAAACAGUGUCUUCUUACUUUUUAGCCCUGCCUGGCCUAGAACUAUGUAAUCCAGGCUGGCCUACAACUUGCGGCAAACCUCCUCCCUCAGCCUCCCAAGUGCUGGGGUUACAGGCAUGUACCACCAUGCCCAGCUUGGUGCUUACUCUUAACUUAUUACCUCAGAUGCUGACCCCAAAGUUGAUCUUAGUAUUUUCUUUUUUUGAAGAAAAAAAAAAGUACUACCAAAGGAAUUCUUCACCAGCACUCACACCAAAUUGCCUGUCCGCACUGGUUCCUCUGGGCUCUGCCACCAAGGGUCACAACCCUGCUAACACCUACCUCCUAGAACAGAUGCUAGGAGCAACCCAUGGACCCCUCCCCAUGUUGGACAUGGACAUCGUGCCACCAGCUGUAGCCAACCACUGUUCCAUGUGUCCUUGAGCUUCCAGUGGCCGCAAAUGGCUCCCCUUCCUUCACUCACUACCUGGAGUGGGGCAGACUCCACAGGACAGCUAAUGAGACUGUGGCCAGAGAUGGCCAAGGCUCACUGCCACCUAUUCCCACCCAAGGGUCCCUGCAGUGUGCCCAGGGAAUGGCAGUACCAUCUUCUCCCAAAUGCACAGCUGUUACCUCCCAAGUCCCCACAUGAUGGCGCCAGCCUUUUUAAGAUCCUGUUCGUGGCUGACUAUCCUGGCACUGGCCAGUUAAACUCAUGGAGAGGGGAGGUCAUUCUAGCUCUCACCAGCAUCUGCUGGAAGGGAGACUUGGUGAAUUUCUUGCAGUGGUGUUCCACGACCUGCGGCACCCUAGGCACUUUCCACUCCCACCCUGUUCCCCGCAGCGAGCUGUUCUAUGCCUCCCUUAUAUAAUACCACAAAAUAAAAGUUAUUCUAAAUAUUC